GGGCGCGCGGGGCGCCGCUGCUGCCGCCGCCGCCGUUGCUGCUGGUGCUGCCGCUGCUGCUGCUGCGGGGCGCGGCGGCCGGCCUCGCCGACAGCGUCGUCUGGGCCGUCAACGCGGGCGGCGAUGCCCAUGUGGACGUGAACGGCAUCCACUUCCGCAAGGACCCGCUCGAGGGCCGCGUGGGCCGAGCUUCUGACUAUGGGAUGAAGCUGCCGAUCCUGCGGUCCAACGCGGAGGAUCAAAUCCUGUACCAGACAGAGCGUUACAAUGAGGAAACCUUUGGCUAUGAAGUUCCCAUCAAAGAGGAGGGUGACUAUGUGCUGGUGUUGAAGUUUGCAGAGGUUUAUUUUGCACAGUCUCAACAGAAGAUGUUCCAAAGCUUCAGCCACACCCAGGUCUGGAGAAAAAAGAGGAAGAUGAUGAUGAAGAUGAAUACGAUGAUGGCUCCAGUGUUAAAAAACAGGCAAAUAAGAACCGGGUUCAGUCAGGCCCACGCACACCAAACCCCUAUGCCUCGGACAACAGCAGCCUCAUGUUUCCUAUAUUGGUGGCCUUUGGUGUCUUCAUUCCUACCCUCUUCUGCCUCUGCCGGUUGUGAGAGCAAGCCCCACAGAGCAUCAGCCGCGGGGCUGGGAGGGAAGGAGUUGGACCAAACACGGUUGCUUUCAAUUUCUCCAUAUUGUUCAUAAAUUAAGGAAAAAAAAAAGGGAAAAAAAAAAAAGAGAUGAUUAAUUUGGAAUGAAUAGCAGGUCCAGGUAAGAGGGAGCUUACCUUUCCCCUGCCAGCAAGCAGCGAGGCCCUCGCCUUCCCCUUCGCACCAUGUGCGGGAUCCAAUCCUUCCUGGGGCAUCCAAGAGUAAGCUAAGUCCUGGCUGGCUGUGUAUUGGGCUGUUGCAAGCUGAUGCUGCUGGUCCUGGGCCGCAUCCCACGCUGAGACAAGCCAUGUGCUGCAAGAUCUCUGCCUUUACUGGCUGGAAUAGUGGUUCCUUAAGCAGGGAAGCAGCUCUUAAACCCAGACCUGGAUCCACGUUUUGUCCAGGAGCCUGGAAGUGUUGUGGUGCUGUGGGGUGAGUAAGGACUGUGGAGGAUGGAGCCUGGCUCAGCAUCGCCCCAAAUACGUGCAACACGAUAUAUGGUACUCGCCUGCGUACGGAGACGAGACUUCAGCAGCUGCUCAGCCUCUGGACAUGUUCCCUCCUCAGACUGCAAGCUGUGCCAGAAGCAGAGGGAUUUAUCCUGUUUCAUUUGCUGCACCAGUUGGGAGAGACUUUCCUAGUUGGGCGCUUGUAAUGUUAGAUCCAUGGCAGAGAGGUUCUGCUCUGGCCUGGGAGAGGCUGACCUUAGAGUCUGAGCAGAUGCACUUCAUUUCUGUAUUGAUUAUGGCUUUUGUUUCUUUUUAAUAUCCUUUUCAGAGGUUUCAUUUUAAGCCUAGUUCCUUGAUUUGCCCUUUCUAGCAAGUGACCUCUCCUUUGGAAGAAGCUGAGAAUCAGAUGAUCUUAGAGAGGAGGUUCUGGACUUGUUCCUUGACCUUCCCAAUUGCUGGCUCCCUGCCCUGUGGCUGUGAUCAGCCUGUGCCCUCAGACAGAGCCAGCACCCUGACAGAUGCUCCCCGUGAGCUCUCGGUCCCUGUUGAGGGGACCAGGCCUGCCUGCAGUGCUGAGAGGAGCAGUGGAGUUGGGUAGCAUCUUCAGUUAGCUCAGCCUUUUGCAUAUCAGGGAGCUCCAGUGAAGGAGCAGACGUCUGGCAUUUCGUACUGUAGAGAAAGGUGGUUGGUUGUCCUCCAGAGAUCUGGAAGUGAGCAGAACACUGGAGACAAGGUCACCCGCCUCCUGCAGCGAUACUUCUGCAAGAGGCUUCUGUUUCCACAGGCAGAGCCUGUGCCUGCCUGGCAGAGGCUGAGCAGAGCAGGAGCCCUCACUGUGCCUGCUGAUGCAGAGCUGUAGGCCCCCAGGAGCUGCCUUCUCACAGUCUGGGCUCUGCCAUGCUGAGUGCUUCUGGCUGAUGUUCUGUGUCGCAGGCAGGGCUGGGUCCUGCUGGGUCAGCUUCAGUGCUGGUGAGCAGUGGGCUCAGAACACUUUACCUCAUGCUGUGUCUGUUCUUAGAAGUGCUCUCUCUACCCUGAGCAGUGACACUGAGCAGUGUCCUCUGUGCUGCUGCUUGUCCUCGAGCCUGAGUUUUCCAAGAAGUUGUUCUUGGGUUUGAUUUCCUGCAGUAGCUCAACCUUUUUGAGCUGAGAGAGAUCAGCAGAGUUCCCUAGUUCGUGGAAAGGAAACUGGAGGAGCAGCAUUUCUGCUCUGCCAGACCCAAGCAGCUGAAGCCUUCUCUCCCUCCUAAUCCUCAAGCUGUGACAGGAGCUCCCCAGAAGGGGAGCGGGGGGAGGUGUCAAAGCACUGCUCUGCAGCCUUUCUGAUUGCAUACAUCGCUGCUAUAGGCCUGACCCUAAUUCUAUGUCUUUCAGCUAAAAAGCAAGCAGUAGGACCUUAAAUUACCUUCUCUCCAAUUGCACAAGUGGUGACAGCCGUUUUAUGAGAAGCAAGAGAGCCCCUUCCACAGUUGAAGACAGGCUUUAGGGAGAGUAGAUGGUGAGAACAAACCUUAGGAUGAGAAGGUGCUAAGCUUGAGGUUGUCUGACUUGUCUUCUAGCUGCUGUGAAAAUCCUAGUGCUUAAAAAACUUACAAGCUCUGUUUUGUUUGGUGACAGUGCCUGCAGAGAUUCUCGAUGUUUAGGGGAUUGCUCUCACUGGAGCAUGGAGACAUUUAGAUCUUUAUCAGUUUUGAGAGGCAUGAACUGCACUGAUUUGUUAAGCAAAGAAGCUGGGCUUGAAAGCAAGCUGCUCUGUAAGGAGCUGUUCUCCUCUGGGCCUUUUCGGUUGUAUUUUAUUAGAGCAUCCUUGAAGCAAGGAAUCCCUCAGCUUCUUGUGGCUCAGGCAGUAAUCUCUGCACCUCACCUGUGCAUUUAGGUGUGCAAAAGUUAGAGACAAGUCUCCUAAGGUGGCUUAUCCCUGCCUGGCCUGGCAACUGGGGCACCCUUUGGUGCCAUCAGCCACUCUAAGGCAAAGCUGUGCAGGGUGUGAUCUGGUUUGUGCCAGCUGCUCCGUUCACAUGAAUUUGUCUUAUUUGAAUAAGAAUAGGGUGGAGGAAUAGUUCAUCCCUUGUUGCUUCAAUGUAGUUGUUUUGGCUCUGUUUUUAUGGGUCUCUGUCAUUCCAAAGGUGAUGGCAGGGGAGGUUCCUGACCCUGUUAUGGUGCUAUGAGCAAUUUCUGUGUUGGUCUGUCCCCUACUGACAGGUUUGCCUCAGAAAGAGCCUUCAAACCAAGCAUGUGGGAACAUGAGAGGAUGGCAGGGGAUCACCUCUCAGGGAAUGGCAUCCUGAGGAUGGCUUUCCUCACCGACUUUGUCCAGCACCUGCCAGCCAGAUGGGUAUAAUGAGGUACCUGAUCCCAACCAGGGAAAGAAAAAGUUUGGGUUGGCUGUAGCUUUCCAGUACGGGCAUUUGAGAGAAUAUCCAAGACAUUGUUUAACUGAGACCAGUUAGAGAUGAGCCUGUCUGUGCUGCGAUGCCUUGCAGGCAGGUGAAACGUGUCCCUGUGCAGCAGUGUGGGGAGCUGGGUCAGAACAGACCCUGCCUUGAUUCAUGGAGCACUUGUGUAGAGAGGAGCAGAUGAGGCAAUUUUAAUGAAGGAAAGAUGACAUUGUUGAUUAUGUUUGCAGCCUGGAUCCAGCCUCAAUGUGGCAGUUCCAAAGGCUAUUUUAAUUACCCACUUAUCAGCCCUUCCUUUCAUACCUUUAGGCCAUUUUCCCCUGCUAUGUGUGUGACUGAAACAGCUCUGACCUUUCUGAGUAUCCCAGGUGGCAGUGAGCAGAAAGCCAAAUGAAUUCCCUUCUUGUUUUAGUGCCUUUGUCUCAGGCUUUGAGUAAAAGUCUAUUUGAAGAAGAUUUGGAUUUUUUUAAGGAGCUCUGAGUUGUUUUUUCCUUCUCCUCAAGGGACAGGCAUUCCCUGUCCUUGUGAUCAGAUGGGGACUGUCUCACUGUCCCUGGAUGCCAGCUCUGGACGUCACAGCUGAAGCAGAGAACAGUGAGUGAGUAUCUUUGGUUCCAGCCCUUCAGGUCAAUGGAAGAAAAAAAAAAAACCAAAACCUGGCAGAGGAUAGAAGAACUGGAAGAGCUCCUUCAGGUCUGGUCUACCCGAGAAAUCUCCCGAGGGCAGGAUGGAGAACUUCCAGACAGUCUGGUGCCUGCGUGUCUGUGCAGCUCAGAGCUGAGGGAGUUGCUCCUGGGUCUUGGUGGUCAUAUGGUGCUUAAAGAUUCUGGAUGCAGAGUGUGUCUUUAGGCAUCUUGCCCCCCAAAGUCACUCACUGAGGGCUUGCCCUGCGCUGUUUGGGUCCAAACAGGGAGCUCGUGCUUUGUCCCUUGGCCUCGCUUUAAGUUGAAACGGGAUUGUAACAGUCAGGGAAACACCUUGAGAUGAGAUGUCUGGGCUGAGCAGGACUGGCUGUGAUGGAAAACAGCAGAAGAAGGACCAGCAGAGCAGCUUCAGCCCUUGAUGCGAGACAGAUUCUGAGCAGCUGUGGAGUACCGAGUGUUUCAGGCUGUGUUUAGGGCACAAAUGUGGGAGAGAUCCAUCUGCUUCUUGCACUUGUGUGGCAGGGAGGGAAAUAUCCUUGCUAGAUUCCAAGGGAAAUGGGAGCUGGGCCAGCACUGAGCUAAUUUACCUACUGGUGCUUCUGCAUCUCCACAACAAAUGCCAAAGCCUGAUACAAUUCAAUGAUGCUUUUUUUAACACCAGCCUGGUCGCACGAGUCUGUCCACGCUGGCUGGUCCCAGGGAGGCUCCCAUGAGUGUUCUCACACACAACAGCCGGCAGGAUCCAGACGGAAAGGCUCGGAAAGGCGGCGCCAGGCCCAGGCUCGUGUGCUGCAGCCCCGCUCUGCGCUGCCCAGGAUCCCCAGGGAUGUGUCCCGGGAGAGGGGCAGCAGCCGUGUGGAAACGGUGCUGGGCCGGACGGGAGGGGAAAGCAGGUCCAUGUCUUCCGGGGCUCUGGCUUGCUCAGAGCUCAUUGCUGUGUAUCAAAUACUAUUUUUGGAGAGUGGGGGGAGGAUGGGGGAAGGGGGGCUGUGGCAGUCCUGUCUGUAGUCUGAUCAGUGAGAUGCUACUGCAGGUGAUUGAUAGGUUUGCAAUCUUUUUUUUUCCCCAAAAAGUGCUUUAUUUAAAAAAAAGGAAGAAAAUGACCAAAGCAGAACUGCUCCCCUUCCCCUUCCCCUUCCCCUUCCCCUUCCCCUUCCCCUUCCCCUUCCCCUUCCCCUUCCCCUUCCCCUUCCCCUUCCCCUUCCCCUUCCCCUUCCC